CUUCCGCUUGCUUCCUGCAUGCUGCGGUGCAGUAGGUGGUGCAGUGAAGCCAGACCCGAAGGCUAUCCACUGCCUCGGACCACUUUGCUGUGGGGAAAAAAAAAUCACAAAAAACAUCCAUGCUGGAAACUUACCAUUCACUAUAAAUUCAGGUUGUUAUAUUUUUGUGAGAUUAUAAAUGUACCAAGGAGGUUACCAAAAUUAAAGAAGAAUGGAAGAAGAUGGGCUUGAAGACUCAACUCCUCCUCUAAAUGCUUUGCAUUCUGAAAUAACAGUAUCAGUGACAGGUGAACCACCCUCUGCAGUAGAGGAAAAAACAGAAAUAGAAGUCACUCCAGAAAUCAUAGAACAACUCUCCCUUCCGGAUGUGCUGAGGAUCUCUGCAGUCCUGGAGGACACCACCGUCCAGCUCUCUAUUCUAAACUAUAUCAUGCCAGUUCAGUAUGAAGGAAGACAAAGCUCCAGCAAGAAGAAAAACAAAGAAAUGGAUUUAGAAGGAAAAAACUUACAGAAAGUUUCACUGGUCUCAAAAACAAAAUUACCUGGUCCAUCCAUAUCUAAAGAAGAAUCCCAAUUGUCAGCAAUCAGAAAUGGAAGCCUAUUUGCAAAGGAGUUUAACAAAAUGCAAGAUCUUGUCUUCCAAAAACCUGUAAGGCAGACCAUAAUGUCUGUGGAGACAAUGAAGAAAAUUCAGAUUGAUAGGGAAUUUUUCAGUGAAGUGAUUAUAGAUACUAUGGAAGAGUUGCAAGAUACAGGCACUUUCACCAAUCUCCUGAAUGCUUUGAAUGAAGAAAGGGAGAAAAAAAUGCAUUUCUAUGAUAUCAUUGCCAGGGAAGAAAAUGGAAAAAAACAGAUAAAAUCUCUUCAAAAACAGCAUCAUAAUGUCAAAAGAGAAUGGCAAGUUGAAAUACAGAAUCAGAAUGAGUAUAUUGCUCACCUCAAGGAUCAGUUACAAGAAAUGAAAGCAAAAACCAACAUGGAAAAUUGCUACAUGAAGAUUAACACUGAGCUGCAGGUUUCCCAGACCCAGAAAAAAUGUAACAAAACAGAAGAACAAUUACUGGAGGAGGCUGAGAAACUAAGGUUGAAAAUUGAAGAAGAGAAUCGGACUCAUACAGAGAUUGAAAUGUUCCUUAAAAAGGAGCAGCAGAAACUUGAAGAGAAGUUAGAGUUCUGGAUGGAGAAAUUUGAUAAGGAUACAGAAAUGAAACAGAAUGAACUAAAUGCUCUCAAAACUGCUAAGGCUAUUGACUUAUCACACCUUCAAGACCUUGCAAAGAUGAUAAGGGAGUAUGAACAGGUCAUCAUUGAAGAUCGCAUUGAAAAGGAGAAGCUCAGGAAGAAGAUAGAUCAGGAUGAGUUGGAAUUAAAGAGCAUCAUAAAGCUCCAGGCCUGGUGGCGAGGCACUAUGGUACGGAGGGAAAUUGGUGCUUUCAAAUUGCCUAAGAAGGACAAAGAAAAUGGCAAGGAUUCAAAAGGUAAAGGCAAAGGCAAAGCCAAGGACAAGCGGAGAGGCAAGAAGUAGAGACCCAAUUAUCUUCUGUCUUUACCCCUGGCAUUCUGGAGAUGAGAAGAGAGUAAGAAACAUAUUUUAUCAGCACAGAUAACUAAUCAGUGUUUCUUAUUUGGACAUUCCCAGGUGAGGCCUGGUUAUUUCGCCUUGCCUGUUUUUCACGUCCUGAAUUAGGAUUAUGCCACUGAUUUAGGGCUUCUUCUUAUUUUGGAAAAUUUUGCUGGGGGAAUAUUACUAAGAGCCUUGUGAAGAAUCCACGUGGUCUUUCUUUGGAAAGUUGUCCGUGGGCUUAGUUGCAGUGAUAAAAUAAAACUUCAGUAAAUCCCGUUAUGUCUCUGAUUUUAUUCAUCUAUAGUGAAAAAUUCUUAUGAGCAAAAGUGAAAUCAUCAAGGAGAUAUUACAAGAUAACGUUUAUAAAAUGUCCAGCAUAAUUCUCACACAG